AUGGCUUAUGUAGUAGCGUGUCUCCUUCUGGUCCUACUGGCACAGUCAUUGGAUUCAUACCCAAGGGGUGCUGAUGUCAAAGGUCAAGACCAAGAUCGCGACUUGCGUGAGCUGAUUAAAGAUUUAAUAAAACUUAAAGCUGGUGACAAUGAUCAGAGAUCAGCGUUACAUGGAAAAGGAAAGGAAGAGGAAAGAAAUGAGAUGAAUAUCAACCCUGACAGUGAACUGGAAUAUCUACUUUUGACAUUUCAAGUCGACGAACAUGGCAUAAAACAGCGAGCUGAAAAUCUACACAGUGACACGGAAAGAGUGAAAGGUGAAGAGCAUGACAUUCAUCCUACACCACCAGAGGAUACAGUCGAGUCUCAACGCCAGCUAAAUGGACAUGGCUUCACGAGAAGGAAUUUCAUCAAGGAUAUCAACAAGCUAUGGCCGGGUGGUAUAGUGCCGUACGAAAUCGACGCUGGUUCUUUCAGCGAUGAAGACAUUUCUGUCAUACAAGGUGCUAUGGAGGAAGUGCAAUCUAAAACCUGCAUUAAGUUCCAGCCAUUUGACACAGAUUCCAGUUCAACCCUAGGCCACAAUGCCUAUAUCCUGUUUACAAACGCUGAAGGGUGCUGGUCGUAUGUCGGGAAGAUAUCGAAUGGAAAACAAGAUAUUGGACUCGAUACUCGCUACUGUGUCUCCAAUCCGACGGUUAUUCACGAGUUAUGUCAUGCAUUAGGAAUGGAACACGAACAAAGCCGACCGGACCGUGACAAUUACGUUACAAUCUUAUGGAAUAAUACUAUAGACGGUGAAGACAAUGGGAAUAUGGUUAAAUAUGACACAGAUGAGACCAAUCCGUAUGAUUACGAAUCCCUUCUGCAGUAUCGGCUAAAGGCUUUUGCAAUAGACAGCAGUGAUUACACUAUUCGCUUCCAUGACCGUGAAUUAGAGUUUCUGGCCGGCCUGGCUAAAGAGUUAACGUUCUAUGACGUCAUGGAUAUAACAGCAGCUUACCAUUGCACAGACAAAUGUGGCGCAGAUACACCAAGAUGUCAAAAUGGUGGAUUCGUGAAUCACCACUGUGAGUGUACAUGUCCGGAACAUCUUCACGGAGUCGACUGUUCCUCGGUCGAAACGAAUUCAGGUUGUGGUGGUAUAGUCGAUAUUACGUCAGGACCUCGUACAAUUCAAUCACCAAACUACCCACAAAACUACAGCAAAGAACUCUGUACAUGGCUUGUUCAGGUUUGGAAAUACUUUUUUUUCUUUUAG